AUGUCCCAACACAAGAAAGAUAUCCGUCCCCUCCAACGCUUCGUCACCACUCAUGACGACAAUGGCCAAGCCGUCUUUUCCGAUCGUCUAUCGGAAGACAUGCCCGUCCAGGACGUCGACCAGGUUACCUUCAGUCUUGCCUACACUUCAGACCAAUUCCCUUCUCAGCUGUCGGGCGACGCAGAUAUUGCCAACUAUGAACGCCGUCUCACUUCUCCACCGGGAUUGAGCAUUUCCACGGGCACCGUUUGCCGGAUUGUUGACAUGCCACCUAACACAAUCAGUCCCAUGCAUCGGACUGUGUCGCUAGACUAUGGCGUCGUCCUGGAAGGGGAGGUCGAGCUGCUACUCGACAGUGGCGAAAAGCGACUGUUAAAGCGGGGCGAUGUUGCCGUACAACGAGCUACGAACCAUGCCUGGCGCAACGCUACUCCAAACCAGGGCUGGUCUCGUAUGUUCGAUCUCCUACGUCGACAUGCGCGAGGGCAUUCCACGGGUCAACGAGACUCCAGACUCUCCGCCGCCUCCGCCAUGCGAGGGCGCGUGUCACGAGCCUGUAAGAAUUGUGCUCUGUCCAAGCUCAAGUGUGACGACCAAAAGCCCUGUCGUCGAUGUGUCAAGCGGAAUCUCGAGUGUCAUUGGCCUCAGGAUGAGAGAACACCAGAUGCUGUAGACCCACAGGAACCAGAACGAUCAGUGGCGGAGUCUCCCGACUCAGGCGAGCAGAUGGACGACACCGGUAUCCCUCAUUCACAAGAUGAACCACCUCCACAGGAUUUCUCAGCGGGCCUGAUGGACGAUUUCUACUCUGCCGCUGAGGAAGUGAUCGACCAGGCGUUCUUUGAGCAGAACAAGUUACCUCUAAUGUCCCCAAACGAAUACGGUUUUUUCGGUGGAAAUAUUAGCCCUGAGCUGGGCUUGACCGAGGCUGACCUGGAGUUCCUUGCAUCUCUCAACAAUCACGACCUGGCCCAUGAACGACCAAACAGCACGACACAAUACUCAACUCGGCGCAGUGUCCCCGAAGCUUUGGGAUUGAUGGACAAGGAGGCGUAUCACAAUUCGCCUCUGUCCAAUUGGACCCCUCGCAGCGAAGACAAUGCCUAUAUGGAUCAACAGUAUCUGUCCGUACCGAAACAUCUUGACCGGUCCAUAUCGUCCGGUGCUGCCGAGGUGCGAGUAUUCUCCGAGUGCCUAUCGAAGGAGAGUCGUGAUAAGGCAUUUUCCAUCUUCUAUGAAAAUGACAAUACCAACACACGCAAUUUGCGACAGCAACAGGCAUAUACUCUCAUCUUACAGAUCGGACUCUGGAGUGGUGACAAACGACGUGUUGAGAUCGCGGAAAGCUUUGCACAACCCAUUGUGACGAUGCUACGCCGAGCAUCCCACCUCCGAAGUGAGGGAUACCCCAUCAUUACACCCUCGGUGGUAGAUGACGAAGAAACGCUGAAUCAGAAAUGGCAUCACUGGGUUGAGUCGGAAUCCUACAAACGGGUCGUUUACCAUCUCUUUAUCCAUGACGUGCAAUCGUCCUUCCGGCUGUCCACACACGCAUUGCUCUCAUAUGGUGAUCUAGAGCUACCUUUUCCAUGCUCUCGCAGGCUGUGGAAUGCAAAGACGGCCUCCGAAUGGGGUUAUGUUUACCUGCAGGAGUUUCCUCAAAUCCCGGAUGCUUUCCCUUCCCUUGCAGGUGUCUUGCGAGACCCAUCGACGCUCGGUCUGUUACCGCGCCAGAUCGACUUCCCUUUAGCAGCCUUCAUCUCCGUGCAUGGCAUGUCCCUGAUGGUAGCCGACUGCAAUCGUACGCGCCAUAGCUUACACCGUCCAUGGACUGGUCUACUCUUCCAGUCGUGGCAGCGUGAAUUGGAGCAAGAGCUCGAUCAGUUCAAUAUUGCGAUCGUAGAGCCACUGCAUGAAUCUGUCCCUGCCGUGUCCCUUAUUCAUCAGGCUGUCUGUCUCUCCUUGUAUCUGCCUCUGGGCACGCUUGAGCGAUACGCUGGGAAGGAAGGUGAGAAGCGGUCUGUCGAUGUAUACGAGGCCUUCAUCCAACAUGUCAACCCGAAUCAUUUACGGCAAGCUGCAUGGCAUGCAGGGCAGAUCUUACGCAUCGCUCGAUGUAUCGCUCCGGGCCUACUGACGGGGUUCUGCGCCACGUGUUUGUACUUCGCCGCGCUUGCUCUUUGGACAUACAGCACGGUGACGGCACCGGACGAGUCUUCGGGUCGAGAGCUUCGGACGGACAUGGCGGUUCAACGCGGUGCUUUUUUCUUAGACGGUGAAAGCAGUUCUAGUGGCGCACUGCGCCGUUUUGUUAUUUCCGGCCAAGGAAUCCCUGCCCUGUCGUCUGGGAGUGAGCCUGCGUACCUCGACAACCAAGCCGCCGUAAUGCGCUUGUUCCAGCAGGUGUUACGGUCGAAAUAUCCGAGUCAAGCGAUCCCUCAACAGGCCCAGACUCUGUAUCAUGCCUUUUCUGCACUUGGAAGCAUACGGAGAGUAAAGGAACAUGAAAUCCCGACCAAGAAGCUCCCUCCAGAUUAG